UAUAUGAUACAGCGCCAUUGUGAUGCAAUGAUAGGACGUGCGUCGAUCGUAGUCACGCCGCUACGUACCUGGGGCUGGCGUACACCUGGGGAAGUAUACUCUAGGUACUUGGGGCAGCCCGUUCUUGUAUAUCUUCCAGUUCUUUUUGCACUGAAUUUCGCACAGAAACAUGAACUACAGAUAUAAUUAGAAUUGUUGUUUUACUAAGCAGUCGUGCUAUUCGCCAACACCAGUCGAUAUUCGAUGGCUCAGCAGCAGAAUCACGUGAUGGUUUGGCCCGGAUCUUCAAAUCGACCUCCGGUUUGCCAGGUCACCAUACGAAAAUUUGGUCUCAAAAUGGUCUGUUGUGGUUAUCGAUCAGUGUCGUUAUCACAAAAGAAGAAAUGUAUACACCCUACAUAUGUACCCAUACAGGGUGCAGAUGGAGCUGGGCACCAAAGGGGGUUGGGGGCUAUUUACGCCGGGCCGCCACUACCCAGGCCACUUCCCACAUUCUGCUUCGUAUUCUCAAGCAACGUCUUGUAACCCCUCUCAAACGUCUCGAAAAAUGUCAGCUCCAAAACUGGACAGCCUCCCACUCCUCGCUCUGGAACUGAUUAGUGAAUACUUGUCUUAUACCGACGCUCGCCGCAAAAGCUUAUUCUCAUUCUCGCUUGUCAACAAAACCUGCUGCGAAGCGACAAUCAGACAGCGAUUCAAGCGCAUACUCCUUUUCGUCGACGGGCCUGAGACUCUUGUCGACGAGAUCAAUAAAUGGGAGAAACUUCUCGAUAAGUAUGGGUUCGGACUUGUACAGCAAAUGAAGGUCUGUGGAGGAAUUCCCCUGAAAUAUGAUGAUAAGGACAUCUUCCUAGCAAAGAAACCGGAUGGUGCCAAGGCGCAUUUUCGACACUUGCUCAACGACGGAGACCAGUUCCUUAACGCGACGUCGGAUGACCAUCCAACUCAUGUCAAUAUAGAUGCAGAAUUCGACCCAGAACACUAUGCACGGAAAAGCGAAUCGUGGAAGCCUCUGGCUGACUUCAUUCCCAAGCUGUCUGGCUUUCGGGAUCUCGCAUGGGCAAGCAGCGAUCAGAUACCAAGCUCUGUAUUUGAUGCACUCCACAGGACGCAAGCGCGUUUUCGACUGCAUCGCUUCGAGAUUCGCAGCUUGGGAAAGUACAAUAACCCAUCCACCGAGAUUGAUCCUUACGAGUAUUCGGUUGUCACCUCUCCUCGUCUGACCCAUAUUGUCUCUCUGAAUACAAUUAGAAGUGCGCGCAACCCGCCCCAUUACGAUCUGAGUGGGGUUGUUGUAUUCCAUCUCAUCGAAGGAGCGGCACUGAAUCUGGAGGAAGCGUGGAUUAUCGCUGAUCGGGGCACGGGAACUUGCUGUCUCCAACAACUUUCCCCCAAAUCAUUUCGAUUUGAGGAUCCUCGACAAAAAGUUACCAAAUCGCCUACAGAAAAGUUCAAGCACCUAAUUCUCGGCACAAGGGCAGGGAAAAAUUCCUUCGGGUUCCAACGGUCGAGCAGCCAAGCACCCAAAGGGCGCCUUAGAACUCUAUUCACGACCGUGGAGGCGUGGAACGAGAUUUGCGCCAGCUGUGUGCAGAGAUGGAGCGAGCGCACAGAUUUUGAACUCCUAGAACAUCUACAAAUUGGUCUCAGCGGAGACUCAAUGCAUAAGAUGGUACAUCUCAAAUCCCAAGGCGCAUUCAAAAGUCUUCGGGCAUUAGAGCUCUCUUACGACCGGGAUCGUUAUACAUCUUCAUCAUCUACGUUCGAGGCGGCGGAACUUAUGCUCUCUGUUCUGGAGCCAUUGGAAUCCCUCAGGACACAUUGUCCUAUUAACACCGAUAUCUUUGACGCCAUCAUAAGUCGGCAUGGAGCGAACCUGCGCGUGCUUUAUUUCGAGAAGAUUGAAGUCAUGUUCAAUAGUAACAAUAUACGCCAAAUCGCGAACAGCUGUCCUCACUUAGAAGACAUCGAGUUCAACAUGCUGCGGACUUGUGGCAAUAAAGAAGAAGUCGAGAUAUACAAAGCGCUGGGUAGCAUGCCACGAUUAAAACGAGCCUCGCUGACUUUGGACCUCUGGAUCUACGAUCCAAAGCCACCGCCAAACCCAGAAAACACUCGCGCAACUCGUCAUUUGUAUUCUGAGGAAGAAGUACUUUACUUCAUGAAGCUCGGGUUCUUGAACUCCCCCAUCGAUGAACCCUUAGCGCGCGCAAUCUUCGAAACCAUAUCCACCACUCAGGCCAAAGCGCAACCCUCAUCGAGACCGAGAUUUGAGGGCUUGAUGAUUCAACCACAUUGUAUUUGGCGACGAGACUAUAUAACAUUCCCGAACGAGCAAGUCUUCAACAUCGCAGCGGCCAUGCGACAAACCUGGUAUUGCACACGUGAUCAGAGAGACACGCAUCCACACAGGCUGGUGUUGACUCGGGACGCUCGAUAUGAUAACCUCGAUUAUCUCUUCAAGAAAAAUCUCUACCGGCAUCUGACUCCGUCGCAUGGCGGGGAUGCAGUUUUUGCGGCUGCUUGGAAAGCUGCCUGGCCCCAUUCAACGGGCGACUGGCCUAACGAAUGGCGGAGUCCUCCACUCACAGGAUCCGAAGAAGUCAAUGCAGAGGGUGUCCGCGCAGGAUACGAGAGGUACCCGAAUUUGAAUCCGUCGCUCUAG